UAGUAAAAUAAAAUUAUAAAUAUACCAUGAAAAAACUUAUUUAAAGAGGGUAAAGACGCAAUAGAAGAUGGCAUUUAGCCUAGGAGGUGGUGCAACACCGUUUGGUGGAACAAGUACAACAUCAUCAGCACCAUUUUUUGGGUUUGGGACGUCAACUCAAUCAUCAGGAGGGUUUGGUACACAGGCAAAAACAACAGCAGCCACUGGUUUUUCUUUUGGUACCCCGGCUGCCACAUCAGCGACUGGUUUCUCAUUUGGUGGUGCCCCGGCUACCAGUACAUCUACAGGAUUCUCGUUUGGUGGGGCACCUGCCACAACUACCUCUACAGGCUUCUCAUUUGGAGGCACAGGCGCAGGCACAUCUGCAUUUGGAGGAGCCACAGGAUUUCCUAGUUUCGGAGGAGGUCUAGGGGGAACAGGCACCACCACUACAGGUCAAAGUUCAUUUGGAUUUGGACUUGGAACACAGCAGACAAAUCCCCUUCAAGUACAACAGCCGCCAACUUCUAACUUAGAAAAUAUUGCAACAGCAGUGACUUUGCCACAGAUUUAUGGCGAUGAAAGGGAUGCCAUUAUAGCUAAAUGGAACCAGUUACAGGCAGCAUGGGGCACAGGAAAGGGGAUAUAUAGUCAGCAAGGGAGUGUGGAAUUUACCCCAGAUAACCCCUAUUGCAGAUUCAAAGCUGUGGGUUAUAAUCGUCUGCCUAAAACAAAGAAUGAAGAUGGACUGGUGUCUUUGUUCAUAAAGAAGCCUGAAGCUGAAGUGAGAGCAAACCAGCAGCAGAUCGUGGACACUUUGUUUGGAAUCUUUGGCAGUAAACCACAACUCUCUGUUUGUGUGGAGGGCAUUAAGAAACUCCCCGACAACAUGACGGAAUUUGCUAUAUACAUUUUGGAGAGGCCUGCUACGGGUCCAGCCAGGAGGAUACCAGCCAAUGAGACCUGUAAUUUCCUCAACAAUCAGGUGACUCAGCUCAAGAGUAAACUAGUGGUGGAGAACGUUGUUCCAAAGAUGGGGUUCACUGAACAGGCCCUGAAGGAAUACCUGGACACUCCCCCUGCAGGAAUCCAUCCUUUUCUGUGGGAACAAGCCAAGUUAGAUAACCCAGAUCCAGAAAAUCUUAUUCCAGUUCCUAUGAUUGGGUUUAAAACCCUACACCAAAGAUUAAAGCACCAGGAACAACAGACGCAGGCUCAUCAACAGAGACUGGAUAUAAUUGCUGAGGACUUGGAAUCCUUACAGCAGAAGCAGGUGAACAUGUUGGCAAAGUUAGAGGAGUACAAGAGGAAACACAUCCAGCUUAGUCACAGAUUAUUACAGGUAGUAGUAAAACAAGAAAUUUCACGAAAAAUGGGGUACUCCAUUCAACCAGAGGAAGAACAGUUACGUGUGCAACUGGAGAAAAUUCAACUUGAACUCAACCAUCCUACACAGUUUAAGGGUAGGUUGAAUGAACUAAUGUCCCAGAUUCGGAUGCAGAAUCACUUAGCGGCAACCAGAGCAGAUGUCAGCUACCAGAUGGACCCAAGUCUGCAGCAGGAAAUUAAACAGCUUUUAAAACAACAACAGGAUGGUCUGAAGCAUCUUGUGGACAUUAUUAAAGAAGAUGCUCAGGAUGUUCAGUUAAUGGAGCAGAAUUUGGAAGCAUCCUCAUUCAGUCAGAGGUGACAUUUACAGGAAUGUUUAUAACUUCUCCUGAUUUGUUAAAUAUCACAACAGUUUUCUAAACAAAGACUUGUUUUAUUUCUGAAUGAUGGAUGCGAACUUCUUUUAAGGGAUUCAUGAAGUUGCAGUCCACAUAGACAGAUAGCUGUAUUCAUUUCUCCAAUAAAAGAAUGAAUAGAUAUAUUGACACACAAUAUUUUGUGUUUAUAAAUCAUAUUUGUUGUUGACAUACUCUGUACAUGCUGUCUGGGUUUACAUAAAUACUGUUUUGAAUAAAUCAGAUCUCAACAAA